GGUACCACUGCGGUUGUCAUGGAGGCGCUGUGGGCAGCGCUGGACGAGGUGGCCUUGGAAGGGCUGGAGGGUCUGACGCUGGGCGCGCUGUGGGAUCGGCUAGCCGGCCGCGUCCCGGCCUUCCCACUGCCCCUCGAGCCGGCUGCUCGGCAGCUCCUCUGGGCGACGCUAGCCGCGCAGCCCGAGCUCCGCUUCUACCUGCUCCCGCAGCCGCGGCCCCCGCUGCGCCUCUUCGACCGGUAUGAAGAAAUUGAUCUUGAAACAGGAAUACUGGAGACCAAGAGAGACCCUGUUCCUUUAGAUGACAUUUAUCCUGUGCACAUGGUUUUGGACAACAAUGAUGGCAUUCAAGGUUCAUGCCAAUAUUUUAAAGAGAGGUUGGAUAUAACUGAUCAAGUCAGGACAAAGGACAUGCAGUCCUGUUGCACUUACACAGAGGCUUAUGACAACUGGGGAGAGAGGAUGGUCAUUGUUGCCUCCCAGACUCUACGACACAGAGCGCUGAUAGGCUGGGAAGGGGAUCCUGAUUUAAAACUUCCAGACUUCUCCUACUGCAUUUUGGAACGGCUAGGGCGCGCUCGGUGGCAAGGAGAGCUCCAAAGAGACCUCAGCGUGGCUUUUAAAGUGGAUGCUGGCAAGCUGCACUACCAUCGAAGGGUGCUUGACAGAAAUGGGCUCAUUACCAUGCAGUCUCACGUGAUCAGAUUGCCCACAGGAGCCCAACAGCACUCCAUUCUUCUGCUUCUGACCCGCUUUCAUAUUGACAGGAGGAGCAAAUAUGAUAUCCUUAUGGAGAAGCUCUCCAGCAUGCUGACAGGACGGCCAGGACAGAUGGAGACCCUGGGGAACAUUAGGGAGGAGCUAGGUCUCUGUGAGAAAACAUUUAAACGUCUCUAUCAGUAUAUGCUGAAUGCUGGCUUGGGCAAGAUCGUGUCCGUUCCAUUACAGAACAUGCGUCCCGAAGGAGGCCCCUUCAAGACCAAGAGGGGAACAGAUGUCAUGGUCCGUUGCCUGAAGCUUGUAAAGGAGUUUCGGAAGAAGGUGGAUGAAUACCAUGAUGAUGAUGACGAAGACGUGAUCACAAAGACUGUGCAGCCCAUUGACGUGGUGUACGAAAAGGACAUGCUGACCCAGGCAUAUGAGCUAAUAGAAAGCUGGGGCACCAAAGGCAUUUCCCAAGCUGAACUUCGAGCGGCUAUGAACGUAGGGAAGCUAGAAGCACGGAUGUUGUGCCGCCUCUUGGAGCGAUACAAAGUGAUCAAGGGGUUCAUGGAAGACGAAGGAAGACAGCGGACAACAAAGUACAUCACCUGCACCUUUGCAGAAGAGAGUGACUUGAGUCGGCAGUUUGAGAGAGAGAAGGCCCGAAGCGAGCAGCUGGCUUUGGCUAGUGUAUCCGUAGCACAGGAAGACUCCUUGCCUGGGGAGGAGUUCUCACCAGGGGAGGAAGAAACACUGCUCUCUGAGUUGACAAAUGAGGAGGAGGAAGAGGAGGAGGAGAAAGAGGGUGUGAAGCCAAGGAAGGCCAGCACAGCAUCACGGCUGAGGCUCCCUUUCCGAGGAGGCCUGUGCCAGUCAACCCCAACUAAAGCCAGGAAAUCGGCAGCUUCAGUGACACCAGGCAGGACACUGCCUCCUUUGUGCUCCCCGGAAUAUCCAGAAGAGCUUCCCGAUCACUUGGCUGAUGACGAUUCUGCUUCGGAUGUGAUAAAGCAGGAAACCAUUCUCUCCUCGUGCACCUAUUCUGCAGAUGAUGCUGGGGACAUAGCUGUGGUUGAGGAAGUCAGGCUUGAAACCCCCAAAAAGACCUCUGAUGAAAAAAAGAAAGAGAAGCGACCUCGAGCCUCACCAGUCGAGCGCUCGCAUGAGACCUACCGCCUCCUGAAGCGGCGAAACCUCAUUAUUGAGGCUGUCCAAAACCUCCGCUUGAUCGACAGCUUGUUUGUGCUCCAGAAAAUGGUCAUGGAUCAAGAGAAGCAGGAAGGGGUUUCCACAAGGUGCUGCAAGAAGUCAAUCAUACGCUUAGUACAGAAGCUCUCCCAGGAAGGGUUCUUGCGCCUCUACCGCACCACUGUCAUCCAAGAUGGGGUCAGCAAAAAGGUGGAGUUUGUGGUUGACCCUUCAGUCAGCCCCAACGAUCCGCUAGUGAAAAGUGCCAUUGAACAAGUGCGUUUCCGGAUCUCCAACUCAAGCACAGUGAACAGGGUUAAAAUUCCACAGACACCAACUUCCCAGGACCAUCUGGAUGAAGGGAGCCAAGAGUCUGGGAUGGGAGCUGCCUUGAGGGAGAUGGAAGGCUGCUCCUCUCCUUGCAGGGGGGAGGGGACUGGCAGGCCAAGUGAGGCGGGUGAGAAGGUGCCCAUCACUAAGUUCAACGAUCACCCUGUUACAGUGCCAGGUCUUGGACGCUCCCUGGGCUUUCUUCCCAAAAUGCCUCGCCUAAGGACAGCCCACCUUUUCUUCUGGUACUUAGUUUACGGGCACCCUUUAAAUGCAUCGCAGAGCAAAGCAGGCUGCAGUAGUGACCCAGCAAGCAGCAUGCAAAGCCUUAGCUCCUCUUGUACCCAUCCUGCUACAGCAGAGAAUGAGGAGUCCGAUAGGGCAUACGUGGAAGGCCAUCCUGCCACAGCCCAGGAGGUGGAAGUGGAUCUUGAGGAACAGGCAGUGUAUGCGGAUGAUGCCUCGUGGAAGCGUCACAUCCCUCCCCUCCCAGCACACAGGGAAUUUGGUCACGGAUGGGCACUAGUUAGCGACAUUCUUCUCUGCCUGCCGCUGUCCAUCUUUGUUCAGAUUGUACAAGUCAGCUACAAGGUAGAUAACCUGGAGGAUUAUUUAAAUGAUCCACUGAAGAGGCACACUUUGAUCAGAUAUCUUCCCAGAUCAAUUCGACAAAAGCUCCUAUAUAAAAGGAGAUAUAUCUUUUCAGUUGUGGAAAGCCUGCAACGGUUGUGUUACAUGGGGUUGGUGCAGUUUGGUCCCACAGAGAAGUUUCAAGAAAAAGAUCAGGUGUUUGUAUAUCUGAAGAAAAACGCAAUGAUUGUGGAUACCACUGUCUGUGAGCCCCAUUAUAAUUUAGCUCAAAGCAGUCGCCCUUUUGACAGACGCUUGUAUGCUCUGCACACUCUGCAAGAUGUGGAGAAUUUCUGGUUUGACUUGCAGUGUGUCUGCCUCAAUACACCCCUUGGAAUUGUCCGCCAUCCCCGUGCCAAGAAAAGUGGAACUGCAGUUGAUGAUGCUGAUGUGACAUUGGAACAUGAGUCGGCAGCGCACAGACACAACCUUGAGCGCAAGUGUGCGAUGCUGGAGUACACGACCGGGUGCCGAGAAGUUGUGGAUGAUGGUUCUAUUCCUGGAGAUGGCCUGGGAGCAGGCGGCCUGGAUUCUAGCUUUUACAGCCAUUUAAAACGCAACUGGAUUUGGACAAGCUACAUUAUCAAUAAGACCAGGAAGGAGACUGCUGUUUCAGAAAUCGGGCAGACCAUGAGACUCCAGACCUUCCUGACAAAACGACCCCUUCCACUUGGCACCAGAGGUGGCAACAGCACCCUUUGGGGAGAAACGCUGGUGGGAACAGAACCUUCUGCCCAGAAUGAAGACUUGGUGGAGAUUGAGAAAGAAGCAGUGCAGAACAGAAGCAAGAGAGUCAGGGGUGGAAAAAGUCAGAAGAGGAGGAGGCUUAAGAAGGAGCUGGGGAAGAAGAUGAGGAAACGAAAAAGGAAGAAAGAGGGGACCCCUGGACAAAAGAGCAAGCGGCCACGCUACCACGACGAAGCAGAUCAGAGUGCCCUGCAGAGAAUGACCCGCCUGCGUGUCACUUGGACUGUGCCAGAGGACAGCCUGCUCAUGCUGUGCCGGAUUGCGAGCAACGUUCUUAAUGCCAAGGUCAGGGGGCCUUUUGUCCCAUGGCAGGUGGUCCGAGACAUCAUGCACACAAGCUUUGAAGAAUCCUUGGAUAAGACAUCUCAUUCAGUUGGGAGAAGAGCUCGCUACAUUGUCAAAAACCCACAAACCUACCUCAAUUACAAGGUUUGCCUGGCUGAAGUCUACCAAGAUAGAGCUCUGAUUGAGGAUUUCAUGAGCAGGAGGAACAACUAUCAGGAGCCCAAGGUUUGUGCAGAAGAAUUUAAGGAGUUUGUAGAGAGACUGAAAGAGAAGUUCAGCACCACCCGGGGGAAUCCCAGACCAGCCAUUCCAGACUCUCUUGAGGAGCUCUUCCACAGGUUCCGAGUGCUUGCAAUUGGAGAUGAAAACAGUCCCAGCAAGAAGGAGGAAGUGCUCAACAGCAUUGCUGACAUCCACUUCCUGGUGCUGCAGAAUCUGAUCCAGAGCACCCUGGCCCUCUCCGACAGCCAGAUGAAGUCCUGCCAGUCGUUCCAGACCUUCCGUCUCUACCGGGAAUAUCAAGAUGACAUUCUCGUGAAGGCUUUCUUGGAUUGCCAGAAGAGAAGCCUGGUAAACCGCCGCCGGGGCAAUCACACCCUGGGCCCCAAGAAGAGCCGCGCUCUGCCUUUCGUGCCAAUGUCCUAUCAGCUCUCUCAGAGCUACUACAGAGUUUUCACGUGGCGUUUUCCCAGCACAAUCUGCAGCGAGUCAUACCAGUUUCUCUUAAAGCUCAAGGAAGCUGGCAAGCAGGACCAAGCAGCUAGCUUUUCUUUCAAGGACCAAGAGGACUUGCCUGCCUCUGAAAUGGUGACCUUUCCUUUGGAUGGGCCUGGGGGCUACUGCUCCGCUCUCCUGGCCCUUUUCUCCCUUGGCCUGGUUUCUGUGGAUGUGGCAAUCCCGGAGCAGAUUGUGGUGGUGGACAGCACAAUGGUGGAAAAUGAAGUCAUCAAAAGCCUGGGGAAAGAGGGUCUGGAGGAGGAGGAGGACGAAGAGGAUGACUUGGACGAGAGUGCAACAAACAAGCCGCGCAUAGAGGUGAAGGCUCGCCAGGCAUCGCACACCAACUACCUGCUAAUGAGAGGCUAUUACUCCCCGGGCAUUGUCAGUACACGGAAUCUGAGCCCCACGGACAACAUUGUCGUCAAUUCCUGUCAGGUGAAGGUGAAGCUGAGAGAGACCCCUGCGUGGGAGGGCUUCCUAGGCCAAGAUCUGUUGGACCUGGAGAAUUUGCCUGUUGGAGCCUCCUGCCUCCCCAAAUCCUUCACCAGGCUUACUAGCAUCCAGGAAGAUGAUGUGGCAGAACAGUUUCUCCUUCAAUCCUUGGAGCAUCGCGGUUACAUCACUGGAGAGGUUGCAGCCAUCUUGGAUCUCUAUAGCACCAUUCAGGCAGCAUCCCACUUUGGGGUGACCAAGGAGGACUUUGCCAGGCAGUUCCAGCACUAUGAAGACAUGGGUGUCGGGUGUGCCAAGCUCUUGCAGGACCUCCUUGACCUGGAGUUGGUGUUGGAAUUGGGGAGCCACACACCCCGGUUGGUGGCAAGGAAAUGUGCUCGUCCGUGGCUAUUGCAUUCUGUCUCUUUGAAGGAGGAUGUUGGAAAAAAUCUUAAAGGCAGAGUUAUCCAGAGGGAGCCUGCAGAACAAGGCAAAGAGUCUGAGCAGAAAAGCCCCAUCCCCCCUCUGUUGGCAGAACAAGAACCAGCAAGGAAAAGGCGAAAGGUUGAGCUAGAUGAGAAUCAGGGUGGAAAUGAUGCUGCUCGAAGCAUGGCCUGUCUGUGGGAAGGAGCAGGUGACCCACUUCAAGGUGCCACUGGCAGCACCUCCUGUUUGGCAGGGCAGGAAACACACAAUGUGCAAGUGCCAGGCUUCACCCCAAAAUCUGGUGAGGUCGUGGAGGAAGAGGAGGGGACCUGUAUUUCUGAGAAAGAAGCAGAUGCAUUGAAUAGUUGGGCAGGAUCAGACUGUAGAGAUCCUGCGGAGGAACCUCAACAGGAAGAUCCAUCACAGCCAGGCAGCUCCAAUGAGUGUUCUGUGGAGAAUUUAACACAGGCCGAAGAGGAAAGCAGAGCAAAUGGAAAUACCUACUUUGUUGGGCGGCCAUGGCGCAUCGCAGAUGGCGGUCUGAAUAAGCCAGUGUGUAAGGGAAUCAUGGAAGGUGUGCUUUGCCAUAUCAUGACCAAGCCUGGCAUCACGGAAUCAGCCCUGCGCCGUCAUUACCUAGAGGUCCUACAGCCAGUGGCUCUCCUAGAAGUCCUGCAGGGACUUGAAGCGCUGGGCUGCAUCCGGAAAUUCUCUCUGAAGCAGCAGCAGAUGACUUCUCUGUUCUCGCAGCCUGGGCUGGAGGAAGAAGAAAUGGCUUGCCCCAAGCUGACUGAGGCCUCCACCAUUUUCUAUGAGCCAACUGUGGCCUGCACUCUGCUGAUGGGCCGUGUGUUCCCCUAUGAACUGAACUGGAACAAGUGGGUGUAGUGGGCAGAAAAACCUCAAUAAAGUGACUUUUGGGGAA